AUGCUCACCAUUGCCUCGGCCGAAGACUUCCACACUGCGGUUGCCUCCUCCGCCUCCAGCGGCAAGGCGCUCGUCGCGUGCUUCUCCGCCCCGUGGUGCGGCGGCUGCAAGCUCGUGGCGCCCAAGGUGGCGGAGCUGGCGGAGCAGCUGGAGGCCAGCGCCGACUUCGUGAGCGUGAGCGCCGAGGAGCUCGAGAAGCUCUGCGAGGAGCUGGAGGUGGACAGCUACCCGCACUUCCGCGUGUACCAGGAGGGCAAGCGCGCGGGCGACUACACGAGCUCCAAGUUCGACAAGGUGGACGCCUUCAUCCGCGGCUUCGUGGCGCCCGAGACGCUGCAGCAGGAGGAGACGCCCGAGGGGGAUACUGCCGAGACAGAGGAGGCCGCAGAGACGGCCGAGGAUGAUGAAGGAACUACGGAGGAGCUGGAGGAAGAAGAGGGGGAGGGGGAGGGAGCGUCCAAGAAGCGUCAGGAGCGCGACGAGAUGGAGGCAAAUGAUGAGCAUGCCGCCAAGAAGGCCAGGACGGAGGAGGAGGGUCAAGAGGUCGCUGACGCGCCGAAGGAGGAGGAGGAAGUUGCUGCUGUUGAGGAGGCUGAGAAGGCGGAGGAGGACGUGGAGAAGGCGGAGGAGACUGAUGAAUUAAAAGAGAAAGAGCAGGUAAUUACCGACGACGUGGCAGCUGAUGACGCGGAAAAGGCCGACAAGGAGGCGGUUGCAGCUGAGGAGGAGACGCCGGCUGAGAAGGGUGCGGAGGAGGCUGCGCCUGUGGACAAGCUGGAGGCGAGUGAGGCUGCUGAAGCUGAGGCAGACGCUGCGGCGGCGUAAAUGGCUGUUGCAUGGGAGUGGGAGUUGGGGAGCUGGCCCACGAUCGAUGCAUUCAUGAUGCUGUGGAUGUCCAGCAGCGCAAGUUCUUAUCGUAAGUAAAACAAUAAACACGUACUAUUAUUUGGGAAACUC